CCACGUGACUAAUUCCGGAAGCGACCUCUACAUGACCAGCCUUUAGCUACACCAAAUCUCUGCUCGCCCUUAUCUCAAGUUCAGCUGACGUUGCUUGUUUGUGGUUGAUGCCAUUUUCAUUUAGUUGGUAAUUGUAUGUCACUAAUAUGAUGAAUACGUUGACUUUGAAGGCUUUAUUUGGUUGUAAAUAACUAUAUACAGAUUAGCAGCCGCAGACUACGUAAUAGCACGCACACACAAACAAACAUGAACACGAUCAUAUCAGGCAGAGUGCGCAAAUUAGUUUCUGCAACCUUGAUACAACCUUGGAUAUUGCCGAUUAUUACCGCCCCAAAGGUCCAGCUCUCCACUCUACCCACUGAGCCUGUCAUCGCUGCCAAAAAGCCUUUCAAGGUGGAGCUUAUAGGUGGAAAGCGUCACUCAUGGUGCGCUUGUGGACACAGCAAGAAACAGCCUUUCUGUGAUGGAGCCCACAAGACUAAAGCCCAGGGCCUGAUACCUCUGCGCUUCGUCCCUGAGAAGGACUCCAAAGCUUGGCUGUGUGGCUGCAAGUACACCGCUAACCCACCAUACUGCGACGGCACUCACAAGCAGGAAUUCAUCCAGUCUGCCCUGCUCCCAGUGAACACACACUCCUGAAUGGAUAGGAGCUGAUUGUUUUUGUCCAAUUCACUGUGGUGUGGGUCCUCUGAGUUCUGGUCCUGGAGAUGGAGGACCAGAAUCACUGGUUCAGAAGGUAGCGCUAGCAAUUGGGUGAUUGACAGCGAACAGAUGACAUAUACAUAUCUGACAUACUGUGACAUGCUUAGAUCUGAUGUGAAAAGAUCUGAUGUGAUUGGUCAAAAGACCAAUUAGUGGGAAAAAAAAUUCAGAAUUGAGCUGCCUGUCUAAACGCAGUCUUAGGGCCCUCAUUAGUAUAUCAUGGGAAACCAUUGUUUUCCACUCUGGGCUUAGCACUUGCUUUGAACAAAUCUCCCCACGUCAUUCAUACAAGAUUUGCAUGACAUAAGAGCUCUGUG